AUGCCUCCCACCACCUCCAAAGGGCAACGAUACGCCCCCGUAUCGGGCUCCGUCCCCGACGAAGACACUCCCUACGAUUCCGCCGACGAAGGCACCCUCUCCGGCCUCUCCGACAUCGACGACCCCAACGAAGUCAAACUCCGCCGCGUCGACCGCUCCGCCCGCGGCCCCCGCAACGCCUCCGCCGCCUACGCCCCCGCCUCCGCUCGCCGCAAGUCCGGCGACGUCGAGGCCUACCUCGACAGCAUCACCGACGCGGAGCAGGAGCUGCUCUCCGCCAGCAGACAGUAUGAUCUAGUGGACGACGAGCUGGCCUCGGACGAUGAGGAACUGAAACGCGGCCGUCGCGAGCGACACCGUCGGCGGUCGCUCAUCCAGGCCCAGUCGGGUGGAUGGCGCGCUGUCCGUCAUGCCCGGUACUGGUGGCGGACGCUGGUCGCCGUCAUCGUGGGGCUGGCGUUGCUGGUGUGGGCGUUUUCGAGUUUUGCGGCGAGGAGGGAUAGGAAUAGACCGGUGGGCAUGCCCCCGUCCGAUUCGUGGUUCCCUUCGCCGCGCGGAGGAACUCUGGAUGCCUGGGCCGAUGAUUAUCGCAAGGCCCAGGAGAUGGUGCAGCGUAUGAGUUUGGUGGAGAAGAUUAACAUUACGACGGGGAUCGGUUGGAGUAUGGGCAUGUGUGUUGGAAAUACUGGCACCGCGGAAUCGGUGGGCUUCCCCUCGUUGUGUUUACAGGAUGGCCCCUUGGGCGUACGAUUCACCGACCGCAUUACCCCCUUCCCCGCCGGCAUCACUACCGGCGCGACCUGGAACCGAGAUUUGAUGCACGCACGCGGCGCCGCUAUGGGUGCGGAGGCUCGCAUUAAGGGCAUCAACGUCCUGCUGGGCCCGUCUAUGGGCCCGCUGGGCAUGAUGCCCGCCGGUGGCCGCAAUUGGGAGUCCUUCGGCUCCGACCCCGUGCUGUCGGGUGUCGCCGCAGCGGAGACCAUCCGCGGCAUCCAGAGCAACGGAGUCAUGGCCACCGCGAAGCACUUUGUCAUGAACGAGCAGGAACACUUCCGCCGGCCGUACGAGUGGGGAAUCUCCCACGCCGUGUCGUCCAACAUCGGCGAGCGGGCCCUCCGCGAGGUCUUCGUGUGGCCCUUCGCCGAGAGCGUGCGCGCCGACGUGGCCAGCGUCAUGUGCGCCUACCAGCAGGUCAACAACAGCCACAGCUGCGAAAACAGCAAGCUGCUCAACGGCAUCCUGAAGGACGAGUUGGGUUUCCAGGGCUUCGUGCAGUCCGACUGGGGCGCGCAGCGGUCCGGCGUCAACAGCGCGCUGGGCGGUCUGGACAUGAGCAUGCCCGGAGACGGCCUACGCUGGGCGGACGGCAAGCCCCUCUGGGGACCGGAGCUGACCCGCGCCGCGCUCAACACCUCGGUACCCAUGGAGCGCAUCAACGACAUGGUGACCCGCAUCGUCGCGGCGUGGUACCACCUGAAGCAGGACGAGUGGGAACCGGGCCAGGGUCCCAAUUUCUCCUCCUGGACCAACGACGCCGAGGGUUACAUCCACCACGGCAGCCCCGGCGCCCCGGAGACCAAGGAGACCGGUGUUGUCAACUUCUACUUCGAAGCCCGCGGCGAGGGCGAGUUCGCCCACGCCACCACAGCGCGCCGCGUGGCCGCCGAGGGCAUCGUUCUGGUUAAGAACACCGACCAGACACUGCCGCUGGCGCGGGGCCCGCCCACCCCGGAGGCGGGUCUGCGCGUUGGUGUCUACGGCGACGAUUCGGGCCCUGGUAUGGGACCCAACGGCUGUCCAGACCGCGGUUGCAACCAGGGAACCCUGGGCAUGGGCUGGGGCAGCGGCACCGUGGAUUACCCGUACCUGGUCAGCCCGCUGGAGGCGCUGGAACAGUCCUGGGCACCGGGCGUGGAGAUGACGGCCUACACGCGCAACAUGGUGAUGCCGCAGGACGCGACCGACAAGGACCUGUGCCUCGUGUUCGUGAGUGCGGACUCGGGCGAGGGGUACAUCUCGGCGCACGGCAUCCACGGCGACCGCAACCACCUCUUCCUGCAGAAGGGCGGCGACACGCUGAUCAACACGGUGGCGGAGAACUGCGGCGAGGGUGCCGGGCGCACGGUGGUGGUCGUGCACUCCGUGGGACCCGUGGUGGUGGAGCCGUGGAUCGACCUGCCGGGCGUGCACGCGGUGCUGUUCGCGCACCUGCCUGGCCAGGAGAGCGGCACGGCGCUCAUGGACGUGCUGUUCGGCGACGUCGAUGCCAGCGGCCGAUUGCCCUACACGGUGGGCAAGAGCCUGGAGGACUACGGGCCCGGGGCGCAGGUUCUGUACGAGGCCAACGCGCCGGUGCCGCAGGUGGACUUUGACCAGGGACUGUACAUCGACCACCGGUACUUUGACCAGUACAACGUGACGCCGCGGUACGAGUUCGGCUACGGAUUGUCCUACACGAGCUUCUCGCUAUCGGACCUCAAGAUCACGCCACUGCGAUCGCGGUCAGCGCUGCCGCCGGCGCGAGUAGCGGACCCGCGCGCAGCCCCGGACUACGAGCGCCAGCCGCCACCGGCAGACGGCGUGCUAUUCCCGGAGGGCUUCUCGCCGGUCCCCAAGUACAUCUACCCGUACCUUACCUCCCUCGAGGGCACCUCCCCCGCCCCAUACAAGCACUACCCCAAGAACUACACCGUGGUCCCACCCCGCCGCAGCUCCCCCUCUGGCGGCGGCCUAGGCGGCAACCCCACCCUCUACGACCUAAUGGCGACCGUCGAGGUCCAAGUAGCCAACACAGGCGCGCGAACCGGCCAAACCGUCAUCCAAGCCUACGUCUCCUUCCCAUCCGGCGUCACCGAAGAAGUCUGGAUGGAGACCGAGGAGGGCUCCGGCGAGCAGGAGCUGGUGACUCUGCCAGUGGACUUCCCCGUCCGCGUCCUCCGCAACUUCAGCAAGGUAGAGGUCGCGCCGGGAGCGCAGCAGACGGUGUCGAUGACGCUGACUCGGAAAGACCUGAGUUAUUGGAGCAAGGCGCAGCAGAAUUGGGUGUUGCCGACGGGGACGUUUGAGAUCAAGGUGGGCCAGAGUUCGAGGGAUCUACCGUUGGGGGGGACGUUGUAG